UUGUAUUGACAUUUUCGUAAAUUUACUUCAGUUAGUUCAGUUCAACAAAGUUUCAAUAAAUAACGAGACUUUCGUGGUUCAUCUUAUGAAUUUAUUACUCACAUAUUCUAUAUCUAUUUAAGGGAUAUUUUAUAAUAAAUAAUUUGAUAAUCCAGCAAUUCAUCCAGUCAAAGGGGAGAAAGAGUUUUCUGCGGAAGUUAUUUAAAGAAUGUCUCAAUUUUAAUAAUAGGAAAUAUGGAAUUUAUAAAUCCCCAACCAGGAACAAGUAGAGGGAACCAAGCCUCAAAAUGUCCUUUCGUGGUCCCUAAGCCACCUUCCGAAAGGGCCAAAUCUCCUGAUCAAUCCCCCAUGGAUUUCGACAUUGAUGAUGCUAGGAAAUUCCAUGUUCUAGACGAGAUUGCACAUUCAGAUUCAGAAAAAUCAAACGGUUAUGAUUCAGACGUACCAGAUGAGGAAAUUGAAAAAAUGCUGGAGGAUGCAUUGGAAAAUAAGAAAAAACGAAAAGCUGAAGAUGAACCACCAGAUGAAGGUAAUCCUUAUGUGGAGAAAGAUAAAGUAGUGCUGAUUGAAAAAGAACAAAAUCACUUUGACAUACUACCAGAAGGAUGGAUCAAGAUUUCUCAUAAUAGUGGUAUGCCUCUCUUUCUGCAUAAAGAUAGCAGGGUGUGCACUCUUUCUAAACCUUAUUUUCUAGGCAGAGGUUCUGCUCGUAACCAUGAAAUACCUCUCAGUGGAAUACCUUGUUUAAGUUACAAGAGAGCUAUUGAGAAAGAGAAGGAAGCAGAACAGACUCAAAAUGAGAAUAAUCACUUGCCAAAUGCAAAAAUUGAAACUGUUAAAGAAAACAUCGCAUCACAAAACCUGAGUCCUGAACAGUUACGAGAGUAUUGCCAGUCUCUAUUUAAAUUUAAAACAAUUCAGGUUAUGAGAUUCAAAUCUUGGUCUGAGAGAAGAAGAUUCACAAAAAAGAAAAAACAAGAAAAACAUCUACAAAGGCCGAUGCUGCCUGACGGUACAAAACUCAUAUCAUUUCCUAUAGAAAAUGCUGAUGGUAAUGAUACCAAUGGCCGUGGAACACGAAAAGAAUGGAUAAUGAAUCCCAAUGGAAAGUCUUAUAUCUGCAUACUACAUGAAUAUGUUCAACAUGCUCUCAAAAUGCAACCUACAUAUAGUUUUACUGAAUUAGAAAAUGCUGCGACCCCAUAUGCAGCAACUGUUUCUAUCAAUGAUAUGAAAUAUGGAGUUGGUUAUGGGACAAGUAAAAAACAGGCAAAAUCGGAAGCAGCAAAAAAUACCCUAGAGAUACUUAUUCCUGAGAUGCGCUCAAAAAUAACUGCCGAUCCUAAAACAGGAUCAAGCACAAGUAAAGAUCCAGACGAAGAUUUAUCUUUCUUUGACGAGAUCAGAAUAGAAGAUCCUAGGGUUGCAGAGUUUUGUGCAAAAACCACUGAACCAUCUCCACACGAUAUUCUCCUUACUUGUCUGCAGAGAAAUUUUGGCCUCAACGAUUUGAAAAUUAGUUAUCAGGGUAAGACAUCAAAAAAUAAAAAGAAUGAGUUUACAAUGACAGUAGGUAAGCAUACAGCGACUGUCACUUGUCAAAAUAAAAGAGAUGGAAAACAGAGAGCGUCUCAGGCUAUUUUACAGGCACUACAUCCAAACCUGAAAACUUGGGGAUCCUUCCUUAGACUUUACGGUAAUAGAUCUGUGAAAAGUUUUAAGGUAAAGAAGCUUGAGGAACAAGAAAUAACACUGCUACAGAGCAAGGCAGCAGUGAAUUCUCCGAACUUUGCCAUAUUAGAUAAGUUGAAAUUGGAACUGUCAAAAUUGAAAGAAAAACGAAAUUCCCGAAAACCUAUUGGUAUAUUUAUACCUGAUAAGGGGGAAACUUUACCAAGAUUAUCAUCGACAAAUUUGAAAAAUGUUGACUUAUGAUCUUUAUUUUUGGUAGUAGUUACCCAUUUACCAAAAAUUAUUUUUCAAAAUAUUGUGACUUCUGUUUUUUGUAGGUCAGAUAAUAUAUAUAUUGAGAAAUUCCUUUUUUUUUAUUUUAGGAUAGUAUUAUAAGUUCUUGGAAGUCUUAUCAUAAGGUACCAGUUAUUUUUCUUUCAAGAGAAUCUUCCUUUGUUGUCGAAUGUCAAUUGUAAUGAAUCGCUAAUAACUACAGUGUAUUUUCAAAUGUGUACAAUAUAAUUGAAAAAAGUU